AUGACUAUUGACACUGUCGCUGGUGGUGCAUUGAUGAACAAGCCAUCCCCUGGGGAAUGCACACUCAUUAAGGACAUGGCUCAAAACCAUUACCAAUGGGUUACAAAGCGCACACUAGUAGAGAAGAAAGAGACUAAAGGAGAACCACCAAAAGAAAAUGUUGUGACUACCCCAGAAGAACAAAAAGAUGAACCUGUAGAAUUUGAAAAACAAAGAAAAAAGGAUAUUAAAGAUAAAGAGGCAAUGAAUGAUAGCCAAGAGAAUCAAACAUAUGUACCACCACCACCCUAUAUACCACUGAUUCCAUAUCUGCAAAGAUUUAAACAAACCAAACAAGACACCCAAUACAAGAAGUUUAUGAAACUGGAUGAUCCCAAACCAUUAGAAUGCAAUGUGAUUGCUGAAAACAAAUUUGCUAAGAAACAGAAAGAUCAUGAAAGCUUUUCGAUACCAUGUAUUCUAGGAAGACAUGUUAUAGACAAAGCAUUACUGGAUUUAGGAGCAAGUGUAAGUUUGAUGCCUUUAGCAGUUUGUAAAAGACUAGACCUAGGAGACAUGCAACCAACUAGGAUGUCCCUUCAACUUCCUGAUCGACCAGUUAAGUACCCGAUAGGUAUAUUAGAACAUAUUCCAGUUAGAAUCGGACAACUCUAUAUCCAUACUGUCUUUAUCGUAAUGGAUAUUAAAGAGGACAAAGAAAUUCCUAUCCUUCUAGGCAGACUAUUCUUAUCAACUGCUGGAGCUAUGAUAAAUGUAAAAAGAGGAAGAAUGACUUUCGAAGUAGGUGAUGAGAAGGUAGAGUUUAUCCUAUCCAAAUUUCUAAAAGUACCCACCAUGGAUGACUCUUGUUGUGAAAUUGAUAUCAUUGAUGAAUGCAUAAGAGAGUUGGAUAAGGAGGAACAUAUCGAAACAAUAAAACUACCCUCGACACCAAUAACGGAAGAUGAUGGAUUUAAGUCAGUUACGCCUUACAUAGACGAUAGCCUUAACGAAUGCUUAGUACUUACCCGUGAUCAUAUGCCAAGCAUUAAGAAACCCAUAAUAGAGCUUAAGGAACUAAGAACUUGA